AUGGGUGCUCACGGAGAUCGCCGCCGCCACCGCCGCGAAGAGGUGGGGGUGCUAUUGGACGAAGAGGAGGAGGAGCUCGAGCACCACGCCAGGGCUUGCGGCGGCGCCACGAGUGGGCUGGUGGAUCAAGAAUUGGGUGGCUGCCAAGAAGGUGGAGGGGGCAUGGUGUUUGAAGCGAGCAGUAGCGUGGGCAGCGUGAGUGCGACCAUGGGCCCGCCCCCGAUCAUGUGCUGGCCGCCGCUGGCCCCGUCGCUGUCGCCGCAGGAGCCACUCCACGGCGCGAUCCACCACCACCACAACAUAGGCAUCGGCGGCCAGGGCCCCUUCUUCCCGUUGCUCCCGCCGCUGCCUCAGCAGCCUCCGCCGCCGCCGCCCUUCUUGGCCGACUUCUACGCCCGGCGCGCGCUCCAGUUCGCCUACGACCACUCGGGCGGUGCGUCGUCCUCGUCCGAGCCGCUCGGCUUCGGCGCCGGGCUCUACAUGGGGCACCACGGCUCCCCCGUCCACGGGAUGAUGAUGCCGCCGCCCUUCGGGGCGUCGCCGUUCGGCGACUUCGGCCGGAUGACCGCACAGGAGAUCAUGGACGCCAAGGCGCUGGCCGCGUCCAAGAGCCACAGCGAGGCCGAGCGUCGCCGCCGGGAGCGCAUCAACUCGCACCUCGCCCGCCUCCGCAGCCUCCUCCCCAACACAACCAAGACGGACAAGGCGUCGCUGCUGGCGGAGGUGAUCCAGCACGUCAAGGAGCUCAAGCGGCAGACGUCGGAGAUCAGGGAGGAGGCCUGCCCGCUCCCCACCGAGGCCGACGAGCUCACCGUCGACGCCUCCAGCGACGAGGACGGCCGCCUGCUCGUGCGCGCCUCGCUCUGCUGCGACGACCGCCCCGACCUCCUGCCGGACCUCAUCCGCGCGCUCAAGGCGCUCCGCCUGCGCGCGCUCAAGGCCGAGAUCACCACCCUCGGCGGCCGCGUCAAGAACGUGCUCGUCGUCACCGAGGACGACAGCAUCGCGUGCGACGGGGACCAGCAGGACGAGGACGGCGGGAUGCAGGCGCCCAUGUCGCCGCAGCACGCCGUCGCGUCCAUCCAGGAGGCGCUCAGAGCGGUCAUGGAGCGCACGUCGUCCUCGUCCGGCGCCGAGGACUCCGGGGGCUCCGCCAGCGGCGGGCUCAAGCGGCAGCGCACCACCAGCCUCUCGGCGAUCCUAGAGAACAGGUCCAUCUAG